CGAGUACUGGAAGUUAAAAAGGUUUGUUAUUUACCACCGAAAUCACCUAGAUAAAUGCCAUCGUUUCCGGACAAUUUCCCAGUUCGUGAAGUGAGAUGUACAGAGCAGAAGGAAUUCAAUGGGAAACCAUUCCCCUUAAUACUAUCACCUCAGUCUAAACAUCAACUACAGUCCAACGACGAUCUUGUUCAAUGGUUGAAAGAAAAUAAUGACGUCUUCGACAACCUUCUGUUGAAAUCUGGAGCCAUCUUGUUUCGAGAUUUCCCUAUCGAUUGUCCAACUGCUUUUGAUCAUUUCGUGAAGUCAUUCGGAUUGGAUCCUCUACCAUACGUUGGUGGUGCUGCUCCUAGACGAGUGAUAGUUGGUAAUGUUUUUACCGCUAAUGAAUCUCCACCGGAUCAGCCAAUUCCGUUUCACCACGAAAUGGCCCAAGUACCAAUCUACCCCAAAGUUCUGUUCUUCUACUGCGACGUUCCACCAAGUGAGGGGGGACAGACACCAUUGGUCAUCUCCAAUGAAAUCUACCGAGCCAUGAAGGAACGAUAUCCGGAAUUCGUCCACGACUUAGAAGAGAAAGGAGUAAAAUAUACUCGAGUACUACCUGACGGAGAUGAUCCUACGUCUCCGAUUGGACGUGGCUGGCAGUCUACGUUUGGUACGACGGAUAAAGUGGAAGCGGAAGAGAAAUGUCGAGCACAGGGCACUUCCUUUGAAUGGCUUCCUGGUGGGUGUUUAAAAACAGUAACAGCAGUUUUACCAGCAAUUCGAGAAGAUACCCGAACUGGCAACAAGACCUGGUUUAACUCGGUCAUAGCAGCUUACACUGGUUGGAAAGACUGCAGAAAUGAUCCGGAAACAGCCAUCUUAUUUGGAGAUGGUGAGAAGAUGCCGGCCGAUGUGAUGAAGAACCUAACAGCAAUGUUAGAUAAAUUAUCGGUAGAUAUCACUUGGCAGAAAGGCGAUGUAUUUAUGGUAGACAAUCGCCAAGUUCUUCAUGCCAGAAGACCCUUUACUCCACCUCGUACUAUUUUAGCAGCACUUUGUAAAUAAACUACCAUAAACAUUUUUAGAUGUUUCCAUCUACGAUUAUUUUCAGAACUUUUGGUAUAUUUAGAGUGUGGUCAACUUAUUGUCUGAUGGCAUCCAAACCCUCGGUUAUAUUCUAGAGAGAUGUAUAAAAAACGAAUUUUGAGAUUGUUUUGUUGGAUAUUGCCAGCUGUACUCUGUAUUUGGUGUAUAUAAAUGUAGAUAUUUCAAUCAUAAAAUGUGUCUGUUCUCCGAUUCUUGAACGAAGAGAAACCUAACCCUGCAGAUAUUUGUCCGUGUCAAUUUCGGGUUUAUUGUACUCAACGUUUCAACGGCGAAAACAAGGUACAUUGUUGAAGCGAUAUGUACAAUAAAAUACAUGGGUAGUAUAUC